UAUUCCAGAUCCCAAGUUGAAGUCAUCCAUCCUUGAGGGUUUAGUGCAGGAAAUUGUGCAGUAUAAAGUCUAUGUCAGUGAUAAGGAGAUGGAACAGGUAGCCCAGAGUCUUAUCAAGACGCAUCCAUGUUUAACUGAGAAAGGGUCCUGCACUGGAUGUGGCGGAUGGAAGACCAGUUUAAAAUAUAAACUAUCUAACUACCGCACACUCCUGAGAAAACUGGGCUGCCCAGAGGUGACAGUGAACUCUUUAAAAAACGAACCUGCAGGACAGUGCAGUGCAGCCUUUGGUGUCAAAAAGGCAAAGAGAGCUGAGGUGAAUUUUUGCCCGACAUACCCAUCAGCAGAAACUGAGGAGAGUCUGGAGGCCAUGCAGAAAGCUCUACUCUUAGAUGUAAAGAAGAGGAACAACAGAGAGGUUGUGAAACUCAAGAUGGAAAAGACUUUCGCACACAGAAGACAUGAAGUCGUUCGUGAUGUACCAAUGGUGGAGGAUUUCAUGGCUAGGUGGCCUGCUCUGUUUGAAGUCAGUGAGAUCAACGCUGAAUUCAAGAGAAUCACCACCAUCCCACUUCAAUCCAAGUUCCUGUCUCAGCUGGACCUCUACUCUGAUAACCUGACGAGGCUGUUCCAAAAGAGAGGAGGACAGCUAGGGGCAAGGCUCAAAACAAUCAUUGCGCAAAUGGCUGAUUGUGAUGAUGUAGAUGCUGGACGAGAGCGUAUCAUUAAGGGAGUCUGUAUCUACAUGGGUGAAGAUCCAGAGAACCUUGUUCGGCAAUAUGUGGGCAUGGAUGAAAACGCCGUCAAGGAGGCCAUUGAAGACACCACUGUCGGGAUUUAUGUUCUUAAAGAACAUGCUUCAAGUGAUGAACCUGAGGACAUUGGAAUUGUCCUUGAAGGCAUCAAGGUGUUGCAAGAUCUGGAUAAUGUAGCAUUAGCUGUUGCUAUGCUGUUCGGACUCAUGUUUGCCCUGAACCUCAGCUACCCUGCUGACCUCCGCUUCACCUUUGAGGUAGUCCAAAAGAUUUUUAUGGAACUGGAUGGAGGUAAACUUUCUAACAAAGCACUCACUCUAAAAAACAGGCUCUUUCAGUGAAAGGGUCAGAGACACUGCACUGCC